CCUUUUCCUCAAAAUGGUUGCAUCAACGUCGUUGUAAUUUGUAAAGUCCGCACAAAGUUGUCCUUUUGCCGAUUCGCGAAAUGAGGCUUCCAUUUUAAAUGCAUGUUUUUCUCCGCCACCGUCACUCUGCUCUUUUUCAUCUCGGCUCAUCUUCCUCGACUGCUUCGCUAGCUCACACAAACUACACAAUGAGCGCUUCCGCUAUAGUGCUUCCCACCGUGCGGAUCAACAAAUCUUAUCGCACCUCCCUGGAGUCCCGUCGGAGCUCGAGCUGUUCUGCCCCCUGGAAUGGGACCCGCCGGAGCUUUGGACCCGUGGAUUUUGGAAAGUCUAGGGUUUCCAUGAGGCUCUCUGUUGGAUCUCGCACCGAUGUUGAUGAUACCCUGUUCAAGGAUUACAAGCCCUCUCUUGCAUUUCUCUUUCCUGGACAGGGAGCCCAAGCAGUGGGAAUGGGUACAGAGGCUCGGAAGGUGCCAGCCGCUGCUGAACUGUAUACAAGAGCAAAUGAGAUUUUGGGGUUUGACCUUUUGGAUAUUUGUAUUAAUGGGCCAAAAGACAAGCUUGAUUCUACCGUCAUUAGUCAGCCAGCUAUCUAUGUCACAAGCUUAGCUGCUGUUGAAGUUCUCCGGGCUCGUGAAGAUGGUCAGCAAAUAAUUGAUUCCGUUGAUGUCACAUGUGGCCUAAGCCUGGGAGAGUACACCGCUCUUGCAUUUGCAGGAGCUUUCAGCUUUGAGGAUGGCCUUAAACUAGUAAAACUAAGAGGAGAAGCAAUGCAGGAUGCAUCUGAUGCUGCCAAAGGUGCAAUGAUUAGUAUUAUAGGACUGGACUCUGAGAAGGUACAACAACUGUGUGAUGCAGCCAAUGAAGAAGUUGAUGAAGCCGACAAAGUUCAGAUUGCAAAUUUCUUAUGCCCUGGUAAUUAUGCUGUCUCAGGGGGUCUGAAAGGAGUGGAAGCAGUAGCUGCAAAGGCAAAAUCAUUUAAAGCUCGAAUGGCAGUGCGAUUAGCUGUUGCGGGUGCUUUCCACACUAGUUUUAUGGAGCCAGCUGUUUCAAGAUUGAAAGUUGCUUUGGCGGAAACAGAAAUGAGGACUCCAAGAAUACCUGUAAUAUCAAACGUUGAUGCAGAGCCACAUUCAGAUCCAGAGACAAUUAAGAAAAUAUUGGCAUGCCAGGUAACUUCCCCAGUUCAAUGGGAGACAACAGUGAAGACUCUACUAACAAAGGGGCUGGACAAAAGCUAUGAGUUAGGUCCUGGGAAGGUAAUUGCUGGUAUUGUGAAGAGGAUGGAUAAGGGUGCAAACAUUGAGAACAUUGGGGCCUAAGCCUACAUUAUUGUUUCUACUUGAUUAUCUCUUGUUUUCCCCUGUUCUCUAUCUAGGCAGAGAUUUGUUUUGUUUUGAAGUUUUUUUUUGGAUAUACAGAAGAAUUUUUGUUUUUGCAAAAAUUAGCUGGAUUGUCAGUAUGAAAUCCCUAGCGAGACCAUCCCGUGAAAACAGGGGAGUAAUUAAAUUCAGUGUAAAAUUCAAUUGUAACUUGGUUUUGUUGUAAUAUUUUCUUUGAAGAAGUGGGUAUAGUUGGACCUCCACGCUUGUGCAUUGUGGGAAUUGAAAGAUGAUGAAUAGAUUUAAUGCUGUGUU